AGGAGCCGGGGCGGGGCUGCGGUUGCUGCAGGAAACCUGUCCUUUAAGAGCGCCCUCUCUCCUGGUCGGCCAGAGCCUGCCUGCCCGCCCCUGCCUCCCUUUCUUCGCGGGAGCUCCUGAGCCCCGGCUGCCCCUUCCUUCCCUCUCUCCCUCCCUCUUCCCCUCCUCGUCGGGCUCGCCAUGGUCUCCUGGAUCAUCUCCCGGCUGGUGGUGCUGGUUUUUGGCACCUUGUACCCUGCCUAUUCUUCCUACAAAGCUGUGAAGACGAAAAAUGUGAAGGAAUACGUCAAAUGGAUGAUGUACUGGAUUGUGUUUGCCUUCUUCACCACAGCAGAGACACUCACAGACAUUAUUCUUUCUUGGUUUCCUUUCUAUUUCGAGUUGAAAAUCGCAUUUGUGAUCUGGCUGCUUUCUCCUUAUACCAAGGGCUCCAGCGUUCUCUACAGGAAGUUUGUUCACCCAACGCUCUCCAAUAAGGAGAAGGAAAUUGACGAGUAUAUCAGCCAGGCCCGUGACAAGAGUUAUGAAACUAUGAUGCGAGUUGGAAAGCGAGGAUUAAAUCUGGCAGCAAAUGCAGCAGUUACUGCAGCUGCAAAGGGCCAGGGAGUUUUAUCUGAAAAGCUACGGAGCUUCAGCAUGCAGGAUUUGACUUUGAUACGGGAUGAUGACACUGUGCAUUUGCGGAGCCCUGAAUCACAUAUGCGUACCUCUACCACAGGCCUUCAUGAAACUGUUGACGAUUCAGGUGCAUCCUGUUAUUCUUCAUCAGAGGAGAUGGUAGUGUCUCAUCGACAUACUGGAGUGCAAUCCGAUGCCAAAACAGAUCCAUCAGAUGAUGAUACAGGAGACAAAGUCCCCAAAAGGACUCAGAGCCUUAAAGCUCCCAAGAAAGUGACAAAGUCUGAGCUUCCACAAAAGACUGUGAAAACUCGUCCUAAGAAGAAAGUUACAAACUCCAGUGCUGCUGGCGAAUCAGCCUAAGGAUAUCCCUGCCUGUCUGUCCCAGAGCUCUUCUGUCACUUUAAGGGGCACUCACCAAGAAAAGGGAGCUGAGACCGUGUACAUAACAGCUACUGCUUUGUAGAGCUCAUUCCAAGGCGAGAGGGUGACCAAAAUUUGGUACACAGAUGAGAGGAUGGCUGUCCUCAGGAAUUAUAAAUCUUCAUUUUUGAGAUGGAGAAAAAGCUAACCUGUCUGUAUAUAGCCUAUCGCUUUGGAAUCCCCUCUCUGUGUGUAACCCUAAUAGGGAAACUGUUGGAACAACUCUAUAAUCUGGGUUAGAGCCAUCUUUGGCAGAGAGGCUGGGGGGGAAAAGAGAUUUGUGCCACUGAAAUUCUAAUUGGAGGCAGAGAGCUCCGUAUAAUAUUUCAGCAUUUCAUUGGAUGUCAUGCUGUAGCUGCUGUGGAAAAUUGUUAAGAAGUGCCUGAUGUGAAAUGAUUGGUACUAAAAUGUGUCAUCCAGACUUGCUUUGGCAGGACAGAGAGACAGAAGCAACAUUUGACUUGCUGCUUUGCUACUUGAGCGGAGGCUUGUUUGUGGUGACAGUGGGCUUGUAUAAGGAUGGGUUUCUCGUGUGUGGCAGACUGCAGAUGUUUUGGGGGAGGGACUGAAAGUGAGAUUGUGAGUAAAAGGCAUCUUUAUAUCUGGUGCCUGUUUCUAGAGAGUCAUUUUAUUUCUUGGAGGGGAAUACUGUAACUCAAUUUAUAAUGUUGAGAAGGUAAAACUUUUUUGCAUGGUUUAAAAAAUAUAUAGAAUAAAGGCAGGAAGGAAGCUGUUAAAUGAUGGGAACACGGCAUGUGGGGUCACUUGAGCAGUUAUCAGUGUCUCUCCAAAGAGUUGUAAUCCUGAGUAGUCACUAUCUGGAAGCCAAAUCUUUUGGAGCCCCACUUUGGAGUUGCUGUUAUAUUUUAGAUGUUUCAGGUCUAUUUUCUGUAAGAAUUGUUUGUGAAAGGCAUGUAUGGAAGAUGUUGGAAGGUAGUUAGCUGGAUGUGUUUGCUAUGUACUCAAUUAUGCUUUAUUUGCACUGGAAAUAUAUAAGGUAUGAGCUUGAUCUGUGCAGCCUGGUUGGUAAACCCCUGAGGUAGGCUUUGUGAGUGACACCUUGAAAUGAGAGAGUGGUGUUCUUGAUUCUCUGGGUAGAAACUGGAUAAGGUUACUCAGCUCUCAGGAAUUACCCAUUUCUAUCACUACUGUAUUCUGUAAUUCUCUGCUAACUCUGAUUACUGUUUUGAGGCAAUAUCUUGUGGAGUUUUAAAUGUUCUGUCAAGUCAGAGCUCAAUCCAAUCAAACAGGUGAAUUAAUCCUGGGAAACCUAUCUUUUCCAGCCAAUUUAACAUAGCUACACAUGUCAUCCAAGCUUGUAGUGCAGGGAUAUUGAGGCACAUAGCAUGUUGUUCAACCUUACUGUUUCCUAGGUUAAUGUGUGUGAUAAAGUAUUCAUUUUCUGAAUAUGUGCCAAAGCCGCCAGCCUUAAAAAGAACGGAAAAAUUGAGAUUUUGACAAUACAGAAACUAAAUUUUAGUUUAUUCAUUUUUCAAUAAGCUGAUACACCAAACUCUAAAAAUGGGUGACAAUAUGGGUUGAGUGGAGGUGUGCAAAAAAAAGAAAAGGUUGUGUAGUUGCUUCACUGUUCAGAUUAAAUCCCAUUGUUUCAUUGCAGGUUGACAUCUACUGCUAAGGGAUUAAGAUCAGAAGUUAAGUAAGAUCCAUUGAUUUCAGAAGGUCUCCCCUAAUAGUGAACUUAAUCGUAGGGCUGCCUCUUUUAACUAGCUUCCAUGUUUUGUACAAUGAAAAGAGAUGACCUCUCUUUUCAGAUUUAGUAGGCAUUUCUAGUGAAAAUACUGCCUCCGAUGUCUUACAGAUCAGUUACACAUCUGCACUUUUGUGUUGCACUUCUGUCGUGGGCAAAUGGCAGUUCAGUGUGUGCAAGAACAAAGAAAAGGCUUCACAACAUGGUUUGCCAUUCUUUAUUUUUUCAGCAGCUGUUUCAUGGUCAAGAUUUGGCAACUGAUAGAAGACAUUUUAUAAUUUGUCAAGGAUGUUGAUCUUAAAUCUCAGAUUAGACUUUUAAUAGCUGAAAGAUUGGCUUGAAUUUACUAGAUAUAAGAACAUAGAAACAGAUAGUACUUUCAGAGUUGAACAACCCUUUCUUACUGCUGUGCAAUUAGUGCCAGGUUUGGAGGGGUGGUUACAUAUGAAACAGUUCAAUGUAGAAUAUGAAUGGAAAAGCCAUUUCUAUGCUGGCUUGGGAUUCAUAUUUGUGCAUUAUUAGAGAGGGAAGAGCAUUCGGUUUCACAGAAAAAGAAUGACUCCUGUAUCAAAUUGUCAUUUAACAACACACAGUAAUUUUUGUCUGUAGAUAUUGCUUUGCAUUUUUCAUAUAAUGUAGACUUUCCAGGAUCCACUGUGUAAUCUUAAUUUUACAAAAAUGUUAGCAAUAGCAUCUUGCUAAAUAACUUUAUUUUCUACAUCAUCAAAUCUGUUUUGAAGAGGCUUAAGUCCUGAAACAAUCUUUCCUGUAUAUUUUAAAAUUAACCUAUUCUGGAUAUGUUGUCUUCCCACCACAUCAUAUUUGUCAACAAAGGAUUUUGUUUAUCUAAAGGUACUACUUCUUGGUACUACAAGGUGUCCCAAAAAUGUAUAUGCCCUUUAACAGUAGCUACAUUUAUUAUUUGAAGGCUAAGUAAAUGCUGAAGAAUACAUGUUAUAAUAAUGACUCAAUCAGAGUAACAAAUUCCAUCUCAAAUUGAAGUUUUAUGCAAGGUGUUCUAAUUGUUGUGCCUGUGCAGCGAUGCAUUUCUUGCUUUGUCAAAGCACAGAGUUACAACCCUCACUUAAAGUUGCUCUUGUAAUUUCAUGACACUUGUAAUAUUGGAAACUUCAAUCCUGUUAAGUGGUAUAUUUUUAAAUUUCAAAAUAAAUAUUCAGGAUUACAAACUGUUACAGGUUUAUACAUUUUUGGGGAACACCCUGUAUGUUUGCUUCACUUUUCUCAGUAGAUUUUGCCUUCUGUUUUCUUUUGAGACCAUCACCCUCUAAUGGCUCUGCUGCUUUCAUUCUGCUUGUCUCAUGUAUGGCAACAUAGCAGAGACUCAGUUAAUCUCUGUCUGCCUUAGGUCACCAGAAUGGAGGCAGAGAUUGUCAAGUGCAUGGCAAAUUGUAAUAUGUGGCUUCAGUGUUUGCUUUGUUAGUUUUGCAUCUGUCUUAGACUCCUUCUUCACUGCCAUAUAAUCCAGUUCAAAGCAAAUACUCUGGAUUUUAUAUGGCAGUGUAGAAGGGGCCUUAGAGGUUUUGACAUCCUCUGGUUGUAUUAUCAGUUGUUUUUCUCAGCGAAGUCUCUGAGAGCUUGAUCCAUUUUCUUGAUUGUUCUGUGACAUGUGGGAGGAACUACAGUGUUUUGUAAAAUGUUUCACAUUGCGCUCUCUCUUUUUAUGCUUGGGAGAUCAAUCUGUCUUAAUUAACCUUCCAAGUGAGCAAGGUUAUGCUGAAAUAUUGGAUGGAUUCAGACCAAAAUAUGCGAAACUUUAAAUAGGUGGUUUAAUAUUCUGUGGAUUAAAAAGAACCAAACUAAAUAGCAACUACUGAAGGGGGCAUUUGGGACAGUGGUUGAUACCUUGCUAUACUGCAACCCCCUGAAAAUUAUAUUUCUGGCUAUUUGAUGUGAGAUGGAAGCUCUCAUUGGUGUAAGUGGGAGUUUCAAAGUGGUGGUGUUGGUGUUUUAAUAUCAUGGAAAGAAAGAGUAACCCUGUCCCCAUGCACUUUGAUCCUAACCAGUGGUCAUCCCCACAGAGGGAUUCAAGAGAAGAUACACAGGAUGUUAAAGCACAUAAGUAACAUCAUGUGUCGUUUGACCUUAAGGCCACUCCUCUAACAUAAUUACACAGACCUCCUUGCAUUAAGAUUUUCCUAUCCUUUUGCUGCUACUGUCUUGUCAUUUUUUUUAUCACAAUUAGGUGACAAUCGUAUGAUCAUUUCUUUUUGGAGGAAGCUCUGUUGAACCCAUGUGUCUUAUUUCUGAGCAAAAGUUUGGACCAUUGUAGUUAGUUUUCAACUAUUAAACUACCAUAGAAAUAUGAAAAUUUAAAAAUCUUAAGUGCCCAUCCAGACAAGCCACAAAAUGCAGGGCCUGUCAGGCUUUUACCCAAGGCAUCCAAACGACACCUCAAGUAAAAGCGAAUUAAUUCAGGACAAAACAGGUAAACUAUGCUCAGUCCCGAUUUAAAUAAAUGCCCCAUAAUAUCUGGGCCCUCCUGAAAGGCUCAGGUCUAAUGGGAUAUUGGGGCUUUGGGGACUGGCUCUUGGGUAGUUCUGGGACUACCCAGGGGUCAGUGCCCACAGCCCUCAUGUUUUUUCCCCUCCCCCCAGUGCAAAAUCACUCCCCCCCCCCCCCCCCCCCC